GGCGAUUUGGGGCUCAAUUUGGUGAUUGAUUUGGCAUUUGGGGGAGUUCGGGCUGUGCUAGAGGUUGAAGAGGACCUGCGGAACAAUGACACGUGGGACCGGCACAAAUUGCUGCAAUAUGGGUAUUUGGUUUUGAGUAUGCGGCAAAAGUUGGACAAGUUUUGAGUACUCAUAUUUUUUCUUUCUUAUAUUCAUAUUGGUUUUGGGUAGCUAAAAUAUGGAUAUGUUAUUGGAGAUGUUCUAAGAUACCUAAAGAACCUGACCUAAAGUUCUAUAAAUGAAGCGACAAGCGGAGCUAUGACAAUCUCACUGGCAAGUGACAAUCUAAGUAAGAAUCCAUUUGUCCAUGGGUAACAUGUUAUUGCUCAAGUCAUAGAAAAUAUCCCAAUACCUUCUUUGUCUUUAAAUCAAUAUUUCUCUCAAAAGUUGAAAUCCUAUACAAUAUAAUACAAAUUCCGCAUUAAUUUUUUUACCUAAUGUUUUACAAAAUAAUUUACCAAAACAAAACCGAAAUUUUGCUACUCCCUCCGACCCAUAUUACUUGUCUCAAAUUUGCGCAAAUAUGGAUGUAUUUAUGUUUCAAAAACGUCUAGACAAAUAUAGUAUUUCAACAAAUAAUUCUGACCGGAGGAAGUACUACCCGAUGAACACCACCAAAACGGAGCAUGGGAGUUCUGUCAUGUAAAAUUCUGAGGGGCGUGGUGCUCUGGCCUGAAACUAGCGUUCUUGAAUCCUCCAGAAUUUAACAUUUUUCCUGUAAAAUUCUACUCAAAUGUGCAGCGAAGUUCAUGUAAUCCUUCCUUCGAAACAUGCCCUAACUAAACUGAGCUCCAACGACAACUCGCCAGUACGGCAGUACGCAGGCACACAGAUCUCACACGGCCCCCUUCGUGCCGCGAAAGCAGAGACGAGCACGCCGUUGCGCAAUGCACAAGCCCAGAUAGAAAAAAGCUCGGAAUCCAAACCCCUCCUCCUCGAUGCCCUGAUCCGAUCGAUCGAACGAAGUAGCUCCCGAUGGGCCUCCUCAGCUCCUUGCGGCCGCAUCGCCGGGGCGCCCUCUCCGGCGUCGGCGUCGGCGGCGGCGGGCAGUGGCAGUGGUCGUUCCUCGACGCCGUCUGGGCGGUCUUCCUCUUAGCCGUGGUCGUCUUCCUCGCCCUCGUCUUCACGCCGCGCCGCGGGGACACCCUCCCCGCCCUCGCUGGCGCGGUGCCGCCGUGCGCCGCCUCGGAGGUGGACCUCCUCCCCUGCGAGGACCCCCGCCGAAGCUCCCGCCUCAGCCGCGAGAUGAACUACUACCGCGAGCGCCACUGCCCCGCGCGGGGAGAGGCGCUCGCGUGCCUCGUCCCGCCUCCGCGCGGCUACCGCGUGCCCGUGUCCUGGCCCGAGAGCCUCCACAAGAUAUGGCAUGACAACAUGCCUUAUGGUAAGAUUGCUGAAAGAAAAGGUCAUCAGGGGUGGAUGAAGCAAGAAGGAUCAUACUUUAUUUUUCCUGGUGGAGGAACUAUGUUUCCUGAUGGGGCUGAACGAUAUAUUGAAAAACUUACGCAGUAUGUUCCACUAAAAAGUGGUCUCCUGAGGACAGGUCUUGAUAUGGGAUGUGGGGUUGCUAGCUUUGGUGGGUUUUUGCUCAAAGAGAAUAUCAUAACACUUUCGUUUGCCCCAAGAGAUUCACACAAGUCUCAAAUUCAAUUUGCGCUGGAGAGAGGAAUUCCUGCAUUUCUUUUAAUGAUGGGAACACGCCGUCUUCCAUUUCCAGCACAGUCCUUUGAUUUUGUCCAUUGUUCCCGGUGUUUAAUACCUUUUACCGCCUAUAAUGGCAGUUAUUUGAUUGAAGUUGACCGCCUACUUAGACCUGGGGGAUAUCUGAUAAUAUCCGGACCUCCUGUGCAAUGGAAGGAACAAGAGAAGGAAUGGGGUGAACUUCAAGCAAUGACACGGUCUUUGUGUUAUGAGUUGAUUAUUGUAGACGGUAACACUGCCAUUUGGAAGAAACCUGCUAAGGCUUCAUGUCUUCCUAACCAAAAUGAAUCCGGCCUUGAUUUGUGUAGUACUAAUGAUGAUCCAGAUGAAGCAUGGUACUUCAAGUUGAAGGAAUGCGUUAGUAAAGUUUCUCUGGUGGAAGAAAUAGCUGUUGGCUCGAUUGAUAAGUGGCCAGAUAGGCUAUCUAAACCUUCUGCUAGGGCCUCCCUUAUGGAUGAUGGAGCAAACUUGUUCGAAGCAGAUACUCAGAAGUGGUCCAAAAGAGUAUCAUAUUACAAGAUGUCACUUGGUGUGAAGCUUGGGACUGCACACAUACGCAAUGUCAUGGACAUGAAUGCAUUCUUCGGAGGAUUGGCAACUGCUGUAGCCUCUGAUCCUGUGUGGGUUAUGAAUGUUGUUCCUGCUCAAAAACCGUUGACACUUGGAGUAAUAUAUGACAGGGGCCUUAUAGGAGUUUAUCAUGAUUGGUGUGAGCCUUUCUCAACAUAUCCUCGUACCUAUGAUCUCAUACAUGCUGAUGGAAUCAAUUCUCUGAUAACCGACCCAAAGUCUGGAAAGAGCAGAUGUGACCUGUUUGACGUCAUGUUGGAGAUGGACCGCAUACUGCGCCCAGAAGGAACUACUGUUAUACGGGACUCGCCAGAUGUGAUAGAAAAGGCUGUACAUGUAGCUCAGUCAAUACGGUGGAUUGCCCAGGUGCAUGACAGUGAGCCUGAAUCAGGUAGUACUGAGAAAAUACUUGUAGCUACCAAAACAUUUUGGAAGGUACCAUUAACAUCAAAAUAGUUUAGCUGUAUCUGUGUAGCUCCUCCCCCCACACCCCACACACAGCACCACCAUUUUUGACUCCCUUGAUUUUUAGUUCUUGGGGAUGGGUUGGAGGGAUUAGCACUUACCAGAUUAAUACGGAAAUGACUCCGUUUCUGUAAUGUUGUCCGUGCUAUAGUGAUGAGUUAGUUACUUCGGUGUGGACUUGUGUUGUAAUUCUUUUGAUAUGUUUUGUGGCUCUCCCCUCUUCAAUUUGGCAUCAAUUUUCUGAUUCAUUUUUGUUGAUAGGAUGAUUAUAAUGAAAAUGGUAUGGUUUUUUCCA